AUGGCGUCCAGCCGGGUGCUGGAGAGGGAGGUCCAGGAGGAGCCGAGGCGCGCUGCCACCGCAAACCUCGACUUGUGCCUCCGCAAAUACUCCCUGCUCAUCAUUAUCGGGCGGAGCGCAGACCCCAGGCAGACUGGACACAUCUGCAGCGAGAUUGAACGAGGUAUUCGGUCAUGGGACAUUGACUUAGACUCCUGUAACCUAAGCCUCUAUCUCCAAGAAUUCCUGUCCCAUCACACGGCGUCAUUCAAGGGUGCAGGGCUGAAGUGUCUGCGCCACAGUACCAAAGUGUUGGACACACAGGUGCUGAUCAGUCCAUCUCAGGAGCAGGUUCAUUCAGAGGUGUUUGCUCUGCUGUCGAGGGAAUCAGCUCAUAAGCUGUUGAUCUUGGCUGGCCAGAGCGUGGAGGAAAGCGGAGACCUGGUGUUUCACAGGGGACUGUUUUCGCCACACCAACUGAAACAAAUACUAACAGAGCAGUUCAUCAGUCAAGAGAGCUCUGUCUCCUCCUCCAAGCUCAACCUGACCCUCAGCUGUCCCAACAUCGGUGAGUGGAGGAAGACUCUCCUGGGGAACCAGCCUCUGCAGGGUCCUUACACGCUUCACAUCAAUCCCCCAGAAGUGCUGCCUGCCAUGGAGGCCCUGGGGGGUUUCACCUCCCUCGUCUCUGCUACCCUUUGUCCUCCAUCCACCUUCGAGCUCCUGCCUCCUCCCACCACUGUCGGUUUCCUCAAGCUGUCCCGUCCCUGCUGCUACGUGUUCCCUGCUGGCCGCGGUGACUGUGCCUUCUUUGCUGUUAAUGGGUUCACGGCACUGGUGGAUGGUGGCUCGGACACUCAGGCCUGUUUCUGGAGGCUGGUCCGUCAUCUUGACCGUGUCGAUGCAGUUUUGUUGACGCACAUCGGGACAGAGAACCUUCCAGGGGUCAACGCCUUCCUGGAGAGGAAGGUGGCAGAGCUGGUGCUGAGCUCUGAUGUCAAAGACGACUUGUCUAAGAGGCUGAUCUCCCCAGAGCUUGGAGUUGUGUUCUUUAACGCACCCAGCAGGUUGCAGGUGGAGCAACAGCCUUGUGUGGACAAUGUACUGAAGAGCACGCAUCAGGCGGCCCUAACCAUACAGUUAUUAAAGAAGUUAGACAUCAGACCACAACCAUUGUUUCGACCGCAAGGAGUCACCAUUGAGCCUCUCACCCUGUUCCAGAAAAUGGGAGUGGGACAGCUGGAUUUAUACAUCCUCAAUCCCGGCAAAAACAGCCAGGAGUACCAGGCACUCAUGCAAAACUGGCCUGAUGAAGAGUCAUCAGCAUCCAAAUCCCAAACUCUCCCUCUUACUGCCCUGGCCUCUGUGUCUGCCCUGCUUGUGUGGCAUCCAGCGUGCCCUCAAGAGAAGGUGGUCAGGGUGCUGUUCCCUGGUGUUACCCCACAGGCGAAGCUGCUGCAGGGGCUAGAGAAGCUGAAGGGCCUGGCCUUCCUCCAAAAAUCCACGGUGACAACCGGUGACCUGGAGAGGCUGGGGGAAGACAGGAAGACCAAGAGGACAGAGAGUCAGGAUAGUGGCAGGUCACAAGGGAAGGAAACAACACCUAAACAUGGGAAAGAAAGAGGGGUUAGAGAGGAGGUCAAAGAGGUAUCAGUGAAGGAAAAGGGAAAAGGAUUAAAUGGAGUUGGUGCAAGAGAUGCUGAUAAAACCAAAAUCAAAGAGGUGGGUUUAAAGCAAAAAGCAGCAUUGUCAGAGAAGAAUACAUCAAAGAAGGGAGGAGGGAAGGAUGGGAAAAAGGAGAAGACUGACAAUAAAGAGGAGAACAGUGUUAUGAAGAAUGAUCAGGUGAAAAAAGAUGGUCUCCUUUCCAAACCAAAGAAUGAAAAUAAAACUAAGCUAAAGAAGGAAGCAAAAAAUGACUCUAAAACAGGGGCGAAGAAAACAAGAAAAACAUCAGGAAAGGAGACAAAUGAUGGCAAGAAGGCCUAUGUAAACACUGAAUUGCCAAAUAACUCAACAAAACCCGAUGCUGGGACUGCGUUACAAAUCCCAGAGCCAGACUGCCCUGCUACAGACCAGCAGAAUCAAAAAUUGGAGAAAGAACCCGAAGAGAAGCCCUGUGGCUCCAAGACGUCUACCCCUGAGGAUAUUACAGCUGAUUUUCACAGGCUGCGGGAGGGAACUGAACGAGAAGAGGCACAGGUGGAAACAGCAGAUGAAGGAAAACAGAAAAGCAGUGAGUCAGGAAAUGAAAAGAGCCUUGGAGGUCUGAGCAAAGAGACAAGUAAUGAAGCUGCCGAUACACCAGGGGAAGAAGAAGCAGGUGGCGCAGGGAUAAUGGGAGGAGAGAGUGGUGAUAAUGAAGUGCAAGAUAAGACUGGGACUGGAGAGGAAGCCGGUGUAGGCAUGCAGAAAGGGUCUGUGGACCAGCCUGAAAAUGCUACCAAACCAGCAAAGAUUGUGGGAUUUCCAUCUCCCUUGAACACGGUGUCAAAGAACGAGCGCACAGUCCAGCUAGACUUAACCCCGACUGAGUACACUCUCCUAGACGGGGCUUUGAGACACAGCCCUCCCUCAAGAUCCUCUCCAGAGAACCAGAUGCCUGUCAGCCCUGACGAGGAGACCAUGGAGCAGGCCUCCCCUGACUCACGGCCCAACAGUGCAGGCCACACUCCUUACUGUCUUUCCCCAGAUGAUGUGUGGUGUAACAGGGCCACUCUUAGCCGGUUACAGGCCCAGAUGGGUAACGUAGAGUCCACUGAUGUCAACCAGCCAAAUGGGUCAUCCAGAACAAGUGAGGGGCAGCUAUGCCAGCCCAAAAACACUCCAGAGAGCCAAACAAAUCCCAGGGAGAAGCAUCUAAGUUUCCUUUCUUUGGGUGCAUUUAAAGACGGCUCUUCAGACCCUUCUCCCUCUGUGGCAACCACUACCACUACACACUCCAUGCCAGCAGAGGUGAGCUCACCUCAGUCCACAGAAGUAGAUGAAUCGCUGUCCAUGUCCUUUGAGCAGGGACCAACCAGUGUGAGCCAGAGAGAGGGGGAAGACAGCAUUCAUCACUCCCACUCCAACGGAGGCCAUUUUGUGGGGAUGACUUUACCGAUGAAGAAGCCUCCCAGAGCUUCAGGUCAAGUUUCAGAGAUGGGGCGACCUCCAGCUCCUAACACACUUCAUUUUGAGGCGUCACCUCAUGAUGUGGAUCUUUGUCUGGUUUCUCCUUGUGAGUUCAAACAUUUCAAACCCCCUGACUCCAGCUCAGGUGCCAGUGAACCCUCCAGAGGAGCCUUUGCCUCACAUCAUCACGGCAACAACAAUAACAACCCCAAGGACAUGUCACCCAGUGAAUCAAACGCCCCUGUUUGUACAGAAGACUGCCCGUCCACCACAGCAGAUGGAGCUCUGGACUCAGAUGAGGAUGAGUCAUGUAGUGAGCCAACUAACUCCCCCCACCUCCUCUGCACCAGUCAGGCUUUGCCCCCAGACCCUCUUCCAGCCCCUCUCAGGGACAGUCCGCCUCUUCCCCCACAUCCUGACACCUCCAUGCCUGUUCCUCAGUCUGACUUGGAUGCCCACGGGAAGAGAGCUAAAGCCAGCAGCAUGCAUGGGAAAAAAACGCAAGGGGUUAUUGAUGGCUCCCAAAGAUCAGGCUCAGGGAAAAGCAGGACAGGGAGCCAAAGUGGAGUCACAAAAGGGAGUACCUCUUCAACUCGUACGCCUUCCUCCAGCAACCGCUCAGCACCAGCAAAGUCCUCACCCAGUCUAGGCUCUAAGUCUGCCUCUGUUGGGGAAGUCAGUGUGUACGUGGACCUGGCCUAUAUCCCCUCCGGAGCCUCCUCUCCAACAGUCAAUGUGGACUUCUUCAGGUGUGUUCGCUCCUCCUGCUACAUCAUCAGUGGCGACAGUCCGGAGAGGGAGGCGCUAAUGAGGCACACACUGGACGCUCUACUGGAUGCAAAGAUAUCCUGGCCUGACACUAUGCAGGUAACAGUGAUCCCUACCUUUGAGUCAGUGUCGAUGCAAGAGUGGUACCAGCAGACCCUGGAAAGACAGAAGGAGCUGGGCAUCACCGUCCUUGGAUCCAACAGCACUGUCGCCAUGCAGGACGAGACCUUUCCUGCCUGCAAGAUAGAGUUCUGAGGCACGCUGUGAGAUGCAGAGGUGGAGGGUGAAUAUGAGCUCAACGAUGGAAAUUUUUAUGUGAGAGAGAAAGCAAGAGUCUGGAAUGAAGAGUGACAGAAAUAGAGAGUUAGAGAAAGAGAUUAUAGGUAAAUAAAGGAAAUAUAAGGCCCCUUACUGCACGAAAACAACUGAAUGGGUGAUUAAAUGGGGCAGUCAACCCAUCCCCUCCCGGUGUUCACUUCUCUGCUGGCUGCUUUUGCCUCAAAGAGCCCUUAUUUCUCUUCAUCGGUGGAGGACACACAUCCCCGUGGGUUGUAAUGCAUGAUUCUUUUGACCAAUGACCCUGUGCCAAACAGGUGAGGAGAUCACACUGGCUGCAAGACAAGCAUGUCGGGCUGCAAACAUGUAGAUCCACAUGAAAGCUGAUGUCCUAGAUUAGUCAGAAUAGUUAGCAUACACGGGGUUAAAGGCACUAGAAUGCUUUGGCUUGUUUUCACAAUAUGCUAAGCACUGAGGUGUGAUAGGAGCCCGCGCUACGUUUCUGGGUCCAUUUGGCUGCAUUUAAUGCAACAUUUACCAGUUCACCUGAGAGGAUUAUUCAGAUAAUUGAAACAACUCAAGAUAUUCCCCAAUGGCAAGAGUAUGCAAACUUUUAUUUAUGAAACCAUUGUUUGCAUUCAUUUAUUUACUAAAAUCCACAGUGUGUGGUCAGGUGUUUUUUGUGAGCGCUACAAGCAGACAUGAGGUGAGUUGUGCCGUGUGUUGUACCUGCUUUAAAAAGUGUUGUGCCACUGUGGCUUCGAUGCUGACAUGCCCUCUGUUAGUGAGUGAUAAUCGCUUGCUCAAUCUGAGAUUACUGUAUCUGAGUGUGCAAAGACAAAUCUGUCAACAGGGAUUAGAGUACCAGAUUAAAUUUGAUAGCAUUACAGCAAUCGUCUCAUUAAGAAUGGUACUGUAUUUGUAAUCCAUUACAAGUUCUUAUAAUCCUCCUAAUCAGGAAUCAGGCUGCAAAUGCUUUUGCAGAAUUAUGCGUUAAUUUACUCAAAAAAAGAAUAAACAAUAAAGGUGAUGACAUGUAUUUUGAUUGUGAAUACCAUGGAUAGGAUCAUACAGUAUAUUGUAGACAAAUAUUUUGAACAGCAUAAAAUCAAGGUUUAGUCACAGUGGGUGGUACGGAGAGCUUUCCAAGUCUUAGUCAGUAAAUUAAAAAAAAAUUUAAAAAAACGAUGUUAUUUAUAAAUGAGGCAAAGUAAUCCUGAAACUGAGACUGAAAGUCAUCAGAAAUCACACUACUGAAUUAUUCGGACUAUAGUACAAAUAACAUUUUAUUUUAUGUUUACAUAAUUCCUAAUAAAUUCUUACAAGUUUCCAGGAAUAAAUUAUGUAAUUAGAUAUAGGGAAAAUUAAAACACUGUUCAAUUAAUACGUUUCCAAUUAAUUGUUUGGAUAACUUGGACAUGCAAAAAUGCCAAAUUUGUAUACAGAUGAGCGUACAAUUUAACAUAUAUGAAGAGUAUUUUUUUAAGAUAAUAAAUGGAUAAUGAAUUGAUAUUUACUUGGGUUUGAAUGGAGCAGUUCCUCAAAUUACUCUGGAAACAUAUAACUGCUUAUACUAACUACACGCUAUUUUCCCUGUUAUUCACACCAAAUUUCUUGGAUUUAGACCCAGUAUACUUUAAAUGCAAUUUCAAGUGACUAAUUGGAAAUCUUUAAUGUAAUGGGUUACACUUUAACCUCCCCAGACCUGUCUGUCCAUUGGUCUCCUUCUUAUAUCCUUUUAUCCCAGUGUGGAUGUCCCAGAAUGGAUGUCAUAUGAUGAGAUUUGUAAGAAUCACAAUUUAAACUAUGAUUAUCUCUGCAGCUGUUUUGCCUUCAAAAGGAUUAGUUCACACAAAUGUGAAUGUGGUAUCCAGAGUUUCCUUAAUACCAAGCAUGAGAUCAAAAAUUCCCACUGACCAUUUUCGUUUCCCUCUCAAUGCUGCCUCCAAAUAAACAAAAAAUGUCAUUUUCAUUCAAUAUCUCUAAAUUAUCUGAAAUAUAUUUUGUAAUUAUAUGAAAUGCACUUAAACUUUUAUCACAAACUUGUAUUUUCCUUGAGAAGUAUGCAAAUUUGUUUUAUUUUGUGCAAUCAACUUCCUUCUUCUUUAUCAAUCCCUCAAAUGGUGUAUAUGGAAUUCAUCUUUUCACAUAUGUUGUCCGACCCAAAGUCAUUACAACUCCAAUGAUUCCCCGCAAAUUGUACAAACACUUAUCUGCAAUAGGCUGCCAGAUUUAAUGAUCGACUGGGAUGGCAAGGUUGAACUAGAUCCGUAUUCAUGGCCGACAACUACUUUAACCCACAGUAGCCAAGUGAAUUGUAACUGUAUGUAUGUGUCCCGCAUGUAUAAAAUACUGUAUUUUGUUUCAUUCAUGAUAUUCAUGAAGACGGAGAGCAAAGCACUGUGGGAAAGCAGAGGCAGAGAUGGGUGCUGGAUGAAAUGCUUCACUGCUGGGGUGAACAAUGAGGCGCUUUCACUUUGUAAUGGUCUGGAAGUACAUACAAUGUCGAAAUGUGUGGGUUGCGGGGCGAGGAGUAAUGUAUGAAUAAAGAAUGUGCA